AUGACCUCGGAAAUAGCCGUUGCUUUGGUUCGUCCACCGUUGCAGGUUGGCGCGAAUCCUUCUACCUCCAUGGCGGCAUUGAUGCACACGAAUCCCGAGCCCAUCGCCGUCUCCAAUUCCAUCACCGGCCCUACCGCUUCUAUCGCGAACCCAGAGUCCAUCGCUUUUCUCAAACCACCAGGCAAACACGAUUCCAACUUGACCUCCAUCGCUAGCGCUGGUUUGCACGUUUCGCGAUCCCAAUCUCCCAUGGCGAGUCCCGCGGCAGCGCCGGCGGAUCGGCCGGUCGAUCAAGAAAGAGAAGCCGAACGAAACAGCUCACAGGUGGCUCGCGAAGCCUUGGGCGCGAGCGAGAAAUCGCCCGGUCCGUCAAUCCACGAGCCAUCCGUCCAUGCCUCUCCAGAGCAGAUGCAGGUCGACACACACCCGAACGAUACAUCAUCGGACCCGUACGGAUCAGCCGAUCACAAUCAGAACUCUUUAAUGCACACGUCUACGGUCGCGAGUCCCGGUCCGAUUGAAGAGUCUCUGCAGGGCGGAGACCGACCUCGCCCGCGGGAGGACACGGAGAUUGACCAAGAUAGCAACAAAGCCUUUUCCUAUCCCAUGCCCACUGGUGGCAUCAGCGAUCCGCGUCGAGGGCUGAGCUUACCCACCUCCGGGUAUAACAGAGGCGGUCCUCGCUCGCCCUCUGCGAAGAAGCAUCGCUGCCCUUAUUGCGCAACCGAGUUUACUAGGCAGCACAACCUCAAGAGCCAUCUUCUCACUCACAGUCAAGAAAAGCCGUUCGUUUGCCAAACCUGCCAGUCCCGAUUCCGUCGACUCCAUGAUUUGAAACGACACACCAAACUUCACACUGGCGAACGCCCACACACUUGCCCCAAAUGCGGGCGGCGAUUUGCUCGUGGUGACGCGCUCGCGCGACACAAUAAGGGUCAAGGCGGAUGCGCUGGUCGUCGGGCAAGCAUGGGAAGCUUCCACCCAGAUGAUGACUACGUUGACGGUCAACAUCCAGACGACGGAAUGGAUGGAGUAGUAUAUAUGGAGCCGGAGCGCAUGGACGAGGAAGAUGAGCGACGACUCGGCCUUCCCAACAUUCGCCGGCACGAGACUGAUCAACUGACUCGAUCCGAUUCUCCUCACACUGCUCGCCAACCGAGCACGUAUCCACCGAUCGCCGCUUAUCGUUCGAGUCUUCCUCUACCUCAGGGCACACAAGGUGGCUCGGGCGCAUCGAUGGCGGCGGCAACCUCACAGCCUCCCAACCACUCCUUCCCGCCCGCAGGACACUCGUCUGGAGCCGCCAUCUUCCCACCCUCGACAGUCAGCGACAGCCCGAGGCCGCUCUCUCCCAAUACUCUAUCACAGCACGACUCUAAUGCGCAACCACCCCACACCUCACAUUCCCCGGGGCUGGGCCAGUCGCUACCGCACCCACAGCCUUAUACGCGAACGAGUCAGUCCUCUGCGACAAACCAUGUACCGCCUACCAUUGGCCUUCCACCACCUCAAGCCGGCGUGCAUCUGCCUCCGCCCGUUAUCAACUCUCCGCAGACACGGUUCGACCCCCAGACUACCGCCAAGCACACACCCUCCUCGCACAGCCACUCUGGCAGCUACGGGUUCCCGGCCCCCAAAGUCGGGCUCGACGGAUCAGACCCUGCGGGCGGUGAGAUCGAGAAAUUGUGGGCAUUUGUGCACGACAUGCACAAGGAGUUGACGGGUCUGCGCACCGAAGUCGCAGCCCUACGCGCGCAUAUUGCAUCGACAAAUUCGACGGCUGCUCCCGUGCCGGUGGAGGUAAACCAGACCAAUCCCGCUCCGCGAUAA